GAAGUAUAAUCUGCUCUUCAUUAAUGUUCACGCUUGAGAGGUUAAGUUCUUAAUCUUACGCGCAUGACAUGGCAGCGAGGAUUUUAUAAGCUUUGCAGAAGAAAAAGAGUUUGCUCUUUCUAAAAUGUUAACCCAAAUUAAGCAUGUGAAAAGGGCCUUUUAUAUAUGUAUAUAGAUAUAUAUGGUUACCAGCUCCUUGGGAAAAAACGGAAGAUUUGUUUUUAAUGGCUUUGCUAGAUCAGAAUUUGGAAUAAAAACAAUUAAAAGCAUCUUAAAUCAAGAUAGUUAAAUCAACCAAUCUCAAAAUCCAAAGUCGUAUAGCUUGUCAUUAUCGUACUUUGUUCCGCCUAGCAUUGUUAAGAUAGAAAGCAUCCUAAGUACCCCCCACAUAUUCAUGGUUGUAUAUCAAGGCCUUGUUUUGUUUCUUUCAUUAACACCAAAACCCUCCAUCCCAUAUAAGCACAAAGGGCUCUUCCAGCAACGCCCUUCCUCUCCUCAAUCUCUUUACAUCUGCAUAACCAACCAUAAUCAAAAGGGAAUUUAAUCCCUUCAAUGGCUGCUGCUGCUAUCAUCAUAGAAGAAGAAGCCUACGCGGCCAAGAGAAGGCACCUCUCAGCCGGGAAGAGAUCGCUGGCACAAGACCUGAUCGCUUGCGAGUCAUCAGGCUCAUCAGACGCGCCAACUCAGGUGGUGAUCGUCAUGGAUGGAUUGAAGGAGUUCUCGAUGGAGCCACUCGAAUGGGUCCUCAAGCACAUCGCCCUCGAGGCUUAUUGCACCGUCACCCUACUUGGUGUCAUGCCUUGGCUUAACAUUCCACUCUCUUCCAAGACAUGGUCGGAGAUUUGGGCUGUAGAUCCUGAAGAUUUGUUAAUCAUGAAAGAGAGAACCGAUGCCAAGUAUCAUAGAGUUCUAACCCUAACGGAGAUUUGCCACCAAUAUGGGGUCAAACUGCAAAUCCGGUCUCAAAUGGGGUACCCUCUACAACAAGUAGUAGUUGACAGAAUCAUAGACCUUGAUGCAACUCUUGUAGUUUUUGAUAGGCAUCAGCAGAAGUAUAGAGAAUACUAUGCAAAGAAACUUCCAUGCAACAUGGUCAUGAUAAAUGAUGAAGGAGAGGUUGAUAUGAUCCAAGGCCAGCCCCUUAUCAACAAUAUGGAGGUGCCUCCUGCUGGGUCCCCAGCUUCAAGUGCACCUACUCCUAAGCUGAUUGUUGCCGACCAUUUGAAGAGAAUUUUCAAGCAGAAAGAUUAAUCAGGCCAACAAGAUUUGAAGCAAGCCUCAGAAUUUGAUAUUAUAUAAAUCUCUCUCUCUCUAUAUAGUCUUGAGUUCCUGGGUAUAAAUUAUAAAGGAUUCGCACAAAUAAAGCUAGCUGGCCUGUUAUUUCUUUGGAGUGUUUAGAAAGGGACCGGAUGCUUUUGUAUUUCCUAGUCAAUGCAGUACUCGAUUAUCAACUUCUCUGUAAAUUGAGUAAUAUCCCAAACAGUUCGUGU